GAAGGCCAGGCGCGGCCCCUUCGGCUCCGAACUGACCCGGAGAAGGGCAGUGUCGUCUCGGCGGCGCUGCAGAGACCCCCCACCCAAGACGGCUCCCCCUCCCCGGGCCUGUCCCCUCUUGCCCGCGAGUCCUCUCGCCUCGUAGGCCUCUCGGAUCUAAUAUCGUGGGGUGAGGUGAGAGCAGGCCCGGGGAGGGUGGUUACCGCUGAGGAGCUGCAGUCGCGAUCAAGAUGAUAGAGGUACUGACAACAACUGACUCUCAGAAACUGCUACACCAGCUGAAUGCCCUGUUGGAACAGGAGUUGAGAUGUCAGCCAAAGGUCUGCGGCUUGAGACUAAUUGAAUCUGCACAUGAUAAUGGCCUUAGAAUGACUGCAAGACUGAGGGACUUUGAAGUAAAAGAUCUUCUUAGUCUAACUCAGUUCUUUGGCUUUGACACGGAGACAUUUUCUCUAGCUGUGAAUUUACUGGACAGAUUCCUGUCUAAAAUGAAGGUACAGCCCAAGCACCUUGGGUGUGUUGGACUAAGCUGCUUCUAUUUGGCUGUAAAAUCAACAGAAGAGGAAAGGAAUGUCCCAUUGGCUACUGACUUGAUCCGAAUCAGUCAGUACAGGUUCACGGUUUCAGACCUGAUGAGAAUGGAGAAGAUUGUACUGGAGAAGGUGUGUUGGAAAGUCAAAGCUACCACUGCCUUUCAGUUUCUGCAACUCUAUCAUUCACUCCUUCAGGAGGGCGUGCCACAUGAAAGGAGGAGUAGCCUUAAUUUUGAAAGACUAGAAGCCCAACUUAAGGCAUGCUACUGCAGGAUCAUAUUUUCUAAAGCAAAGCCGUCUGUGUUGGCAUUGUCUAUCAUCGCAUUGGAGAUCCAAGCGCAGAAGUAUAUAGAGUUAACAGAAGGAGUAGAACGUCUUCAGAAACAUUCCAAGAUCAGUGGCAGAGAUUUGACUUUCUGGCAAGAGCUUGUAUCCAAGUGUUUAGCUGAAUAUUCAUCGAACAAGUGUUCCAAACCAAAUGUUCAGAAGUUGAAAUGGAUUGUUUCUGGGCGGACUGCCCGGAAAUGGGCCCUUAAUUGGAUGAUUACAGCAACAAAAAACUUUGAAGCCUUUCUCCACAAUCCUGAGCUGUGGAUUCUAUAAUAUUAUAACGGAUUUAAGCUGUGAAGCCUCAAAACAUCACAACUAGAUUAGCAUUGGUGUUCUCAGAUUUGGGAAAACUGCCUAAUUAACAUUACCCUAUAGUGGAAUUACUCAAAUUUGAAUUCACCUAUGAAACAUACAAAUCAAAGUAACAGUAUAAAUGUGAAAUGCAAAUGACAAGCCUGGAAAGGUAAACUGUGAAUCUUCAUUUCUAACAUUGAUCCAAGUUUCUAUAUUGGGUCAAUAUAUUGUACUUAGGUGGUGUUUAAAAAAGGUAACCUACUUAAAUUUAAACUUUAAAUUAUGAGGUUUACAUCAAAAACACCAUUUCACAAAUGCACUUUUUAAGGCACAAUAAGGGUCACUAUUCUAGGCAGUGAGAAUAGUUAGUUUCUUGGCACCUAUGAUGCAAGUAAUUAUUAACCCAGAGAUGUGGACCUUACUGGUACAUAGAAAUCACAUUUAAAUUUGAGGGCAUUUAUGUAAAGCAAAACUACCAACCUGUUAAUUUUGGCAUGUUAUCUUUAAUAUUUUUCUAGAAAACAGGUGAUACUUAUACCCAUGAUUUUAAAAGUUUUAUACAAAAUUUACUGCCUCAGUCUAGUCCCAUCAAGAAAGUUAGUUUUUACUAAUAACUCAAAACAAAUUAGUGUCACUCGGAAAACUUUGUGAUUUAACACUCCAUCAGUUUUUACUAAGGACUGUUUUUGUAAAACUUGGUUCUAACUUAGAAUUUUGCUUAAAAGGAAGAGAAUAUACUGACAUUAAUUGCCCCUACUGUGUGCCAAAAGGAAGUAUUAAGAAAGGUAAGUAGGCAUCUUCAUAAUUAUAAGGUUGCCGAGGUGCAGUGUUCAGAGAUCUACAGGGUUCAAGUGUUGCAGAGAGUUACUCAAUGCAGUGUGUAACCUGAAUCCAUCCAAGAUGGCUGUACCCAAUUUUGACAUCAUUUUAUGGUUACAGAGGCAUUAGAAAAUGAACCAAAGAACCACAGUGUAUCUUAUACUUUGGUAAACCAUGUUUUAUGGAUAACUUUACAGUUUUCCCAAAAUACUGAUAAAUUUCAAUAUUUUGAAUACAUCAGUGUUAAUUUUGAGUUGCCAGAGGUAACCUAACCAACUCCCAUUAUGUUUUGGUACUAAGGGAUAUACCUUUCAAUAAAGUUACUGAAAUGCA